AUGGGACUCCCGCUGCCGGCAACUCUCGCCGCUAGCGUCGUCGCCAUCACCGUAGCGAAGGUGGUGGGCGCUGCCGCCACGACGUACGCCGCACCGGACCCGACGGUGGGUCUUUCCUCCAAGGACCAAGAGUACCUUAUCGGGGUCAUUUCAUUCAUCGUGGUGGCUGUGGCUCUCGUCAUGGGUAUCGCCGCGAUGGUGAAGAUUGACUACGACGAUGACACACUGCUCAUGGUUGAGGUGCCCGGGGACACAAGCCAAGGAAAGGAGUAG